AUGCAGUUCGUUCUCAAUAAACUUGCCCUGCUUGCACUAUUUGCCAUUGCGGUCUCUGGUGCAUCUAAAUUUGCCGACACUUGCCAAAACAUUGAGAGUUCUGGAUCGAUGAUUCAAGCCGAGUGCCAGGAACGUGAAAAUGGGCAGCUGCAGAUGAGCCAGCUGGAUUUGAACCGCUGCAUCAAGAAUAGCAAAGGCUCUCUCAAGACUUAG